AUGGAGAAAAACACCACAGGUAACCUCGAGCCAACUCCUGCAUUAUAUGGACUAAUAAUGAAUUUCACCAACGAUACCUAUGUGACAAAAUCUUCAGAGCUGAAGGAAAAUGAAGAGAGUCUUGCUUAUCAAACCAGUUUGGCAGUAAUUCUCUUCGUUUUCACACUCGCCACUACUUUAUCCAACGCAUUUGUCAUUGUAACGAUUUAUCAGUCGAAAAAACUGCACACUCCAGCAAACUUUCUUAUAGCGUCUCUAGCUGUCACCGACCUCUUGGUGUCCAUUUUGGUGAUGCCAAUAUGCGUAUUGUACACGGUGAGUCACACCUGGACAUUGGGACAAGUUACAUGUGACAUUUGGUUAUCCUCAGAUAUAACAUGUUGCACUGCUUCUAUCCUUCACUUAUGCGUAAUCGCUUUGGAUCGAUACUGGGCAAUAACAGACGCGGUUGAGUAUUCCAAAAAGCGCACGCCAUCGCGCGCGGCGGGGAUGAUCGCGACUGCCUGGGUCAUCGCAAUCUGCAUCUCUCUACCUCCGCUUUUCUGGCGCCAGGUGAAGGCAGAGGAGUUGACUGAAUGUAAUGUCAACACGGACCACAUUUUCUACACUAUUUACUCCACGUUUGGAGCAUUCUACAUCCCCACUUUGCUGCUUAUCGUGCUUUAUGGAAGAAUAUAUGUGGAAGCCCGUAAGAUCAUUUUGAAACAGUCACCCAAAAAGGUAGGGAAGAGACUUACUUCAGCGCGCCUGGUCACGAACUCUCCUGGAUCUGUGGCAUCGACAUCACCUUUGCAGUGUGGAAGACAUGAUACCCACUCCGGUGACACGGGUUCCUCGGCAAGUGAGAACCAAGUGAAAGUAACCGUGUCUGACGCACUUUUGGAGAAAAAAAGAAUCUCAGCCGCUCGGGAAAGGAAAGCGACCAAAACAUUGGGAAUAAUUUUAGGCGCAUACAUUAUAUGCUGGUUACCCUUUUUCAUUUACACCCUGGUGGUGGCCACCUGUGAAACUUGUUUUUACCCCGAGUUGUUUGACUUUUUCAAUUGGCUUGGUUAUCUCAACUCGUUAAUCAAUCCAAUUAUAUAUACCAUGUCCAAUGACGACUUUAAAAAAGCUUUCCAUAAACUCUUGUGCUUCAGAUGUUGCAGAUCCUGA